CUAGAAAGUCCCUACCCGCUGGUCAUGUCAUUACUUUCAAUGGUGUUUGUCUCAUUCUCGAAUUACCCAACCAUCGCUCCAUUCGCAGACGCACAACCUUCUCCCGGUCUACAGCUUCGGCAUCACUAGCUUUCGUUAUCAUACAUCAAUACAAGUCUCCGUCUCACUUCCUUUUCGAAUCAUGGCUCCCGGAAACGACACCACAGCGGAACAACUUUAUGGCAACGGCGUCCGCAUUGGCACCUAUCUACAGGCGGCCACCUUGCUCCUCUACAACUUCCGCACUGCCCCCCACGACGUAAGCAGGAAGGCGAGUGGACUCAAACUGGCUUGCGCGGCUUCUAUGCUCGCUAUCCUUACAUCAUGGACACUACUUGCGUUACGACACGACUUCUGCCUGGUCGAAGCAUUCAUAAUAAUCGCCCUCGUCACUAUGCUUUAUCUCCCAGCACUUGGCGCUAUCUCUACCAUUCACGCCAUCCUCUAUGAGCCGGCGGCCGUACUUUCUCUAUUCCUGGCGGCGUUCUGGAAUAUCGGCGCCUUCAUCUGGUUCUAGGCGAGCUUGUACAGGACACUUCCGCCACGCGAUCCCAACGAUGCAGCUUGGCUCUCCGAAAUGCUUGCAAAGUUGGAAGCCGGAUUCCGUCCCGGAUCUCUCAUAUUCGGAAGCUUGCUCGCUGUCCUCGGCAUAUGUAUUCUUAGCGGCUACUUGCAUAGCUUCGCCAAGAUCGGAUUACGAGUUUGGUUUCAAGGAGAGCCAGUAUUGCAAGAGUCCGAUAUCGAGAACAAGGACGAGAUGUUUCUCGAAUUAUUCGCGACCACCGCGGUGUACGCAGGUUCGUUCAUCUGGAUCUUCGGUGUCUGCCUCAUAGAAGCCAC